UGGCGGGUCCGCUGCCCAACCAUGACCGCUGUUGAAUUCUGGACUCUGUCGAUCAGUUUACAUAAAUUUAUAAGUAUUAUUAUAAGUCAGCUUAGUUUUUUUUCGGUUCGACUGUUAUAAUAAUUUGUAUUUGUUCGUUAAUCCGUAUUCCUUAUUAUAAAACUAAUCUUAAUAAACAUAUUUACUAAGGUUUAAUACACGAGUAUUUACCCGUUGAUUACACUGCAAGUGUUUGUAACAAAGGUCAAGCAUUAUAUUUUGAAAAGUAUAGGUACCCAGUGUGGUGUGCACGCGACGCGAUGAUUGUGAACGUGACAAAACUUCAGCAAAUCAUGAGCUUUGUGGUACUGGCCGCAGUGAUAGUGGCCGGCGUGCAAUGUUUCAAUCAUGAGGCCGAAAAACGGGUUAUAAUCAACAGCAAUGACAGUCCUAUGCGGAUAAAAGCACAGUCCCGGAUAUCCAUGUCGAAGGGUGGAUAUGGUGCUCGGGUCCAGAUCCGCGARAAUCUACAUGGACAGAAGCAUGCACACGCAAUGGCUAUCUGUGAUUGUAAUGGACAGGGUCCGUGGAGACCGCUGUUCAAACCAUCACAAAUCCUCAAAACCGAAUUCCCUGAACACGAAUCGUUCCACGAAGAAGUGGACAGCCACUACCGGAACAUGGUUGGGGACAACGUGGACAAUCACUUGCGGUUGCCGUCAACACCGUCGUCCGAACAUCUAUCCACUGGAUCAGACAACAGUGGUGGGUUUAGUGGUUCCGGCAUUAACUACAAUGGCGGYGGUUACGGCGGAAGUGCCGGUGGUAGUAGURCCGGUGACGGAAUCGCCAAGAAGCACAACCACAUGAUCCAUUUGCACCUGAUACCACACAUUUACGUGCCAAUCAUGCACUCAGCUGGUUUCUCCGAGGCCAAAAACUAUCAGGCGAGCAUCGAGGACGGGUCAUCACUAUCGUCGCCUGUCCAGAACUCGGAGGAUACGUCGUCGGAGUUUCACGUCGGCGACGUGKCUGCUACUGGCGGAUCAGGUCAGUCUGGCACUUCCAAUUCUGGCGGUACUGGUGAAAAUCCCUCGUCUGCCACUGCAGGCCCGACCGGUGACCACGAUCACGGUAACUUUAACGGACACUCAGGGGAGACGUCGUACUAUACGAUAACCGACGACACCGUUCAACACCUGCACCAGGACUUGCACGAUCAUUAUGGCAACGGGAUCGACAAUAACCACAACCACGAGUACGAGGCCCCGCCUAACUCGGUACCCGAUGAACCACACCAGUACCAGGUAAGCAAUCGUAAUGUUCGUUUUCAAUGGAUUAAAUGUGAUGUGUUUACAUAA